CGUAGAAGGGCAUGUUUUGUUCCUGUGAUGGGCGCUCUUCUGGAUCCUGCUCGGCCCUUGUAGGUGGGGCUUUGCCAGGAAGUACACGUGUGUUUGUAGAAUACCGGAAGGGGAGAACGAGCGAGCCAGCCGGUGGCAGCGAUGUCGGCGGAUUCCAGCCUCGAGUGGGAGUCUCUUCUCUUUAGUAAACUUGGUGACCUGAUAGGAGAAGAUGAGCUUCAGCUUGACGUAGAGAAUGACACUUAUGAAAACAACCUUUGUGACCUUGACUUCGAUCUGGAUCUGAUGACUUGGGACUUGGACCCAUGGAAUGUUACAAAGCAGACCCUAGCAGAUGAAAACUGGAAAGUGGAACCUCUCUCGCCAGCUACUUCAACCUAUUCAGUUCCUUCUCCUUCAUCUGUGGAUUCUUCAACACAGCAUGUACCUGAAGACACAGACUUGGGCUCCAACUCCCAUCUGUCUCCUAUUUCUCUAUAUGACCAGGGCUCCCAAAGCCCCUCCUCCCCUGUAGAACAGAAAGAGAAAAAGCCCCUGAGAAAAAACUCAGCACAUGGAUCUUCAGUGACACCCAGUCGAUGUAGUCCAAUAGCCUCCAAACCUUCCAUUCAGCCCAAGCCUCUGCUGCCUGCCUUCCGGGAGACUCAGGCCAACCUUGGUGUUCAGGCGAAAGCCAUUGUCAUUCCAGCGCUCCUAUCACUGCCAAAGCAGCAGCCAGUUGUUGCUAUCCAGCCAGCCCCUCACAAAGGUCAGCCAGUGCUGCUUUCUCAGUCUGCUGUGGUACAGCUUCAGGCACCUGGAAUCCUUCCUUCCUCCAACCCAGUCAUUGCUGUUACUGGUGGGGUCACAUCACUACCUGGUCACACUAUCAAUGUCCUACCACGAACUGCCGGAAAAAGUUUAGCCAAUGGCAACCUAGCAGAAGCCAAGACUGUACUUCAUGCCACUGCCCAAAAUACUAGCAUGGAUAUGAAUGUGUUGAAACGACAGCAGCGCAUGAUAAAAAACCGGGAGUCCGCAUGUCAGUCACGCAAGAAGAAAAAGGAAUAUAUGCUGGGUUUGGAGGCUCGGCUGAAAGCAGCCUUGUUGGAGAAUGAUCGUCUAAAGAGAGAGAAUGGCUCACUGAAGAGGCAGCUGGAUGAAUUGGCAAUGGAGAAGCAGAAUCUUCAAGUCUCCCCUCCAAAGCGAAGAGCUCUCUGUGUGAUGGUGUUGCUAGCCUUUGUAAUGCUGAGUUAUGAUAAACUAAGUGUGUUGGAAUGGGGCUCAAACUCUGAACUACAUGCCAGCCCAGCCCACCAGAACAGGCAUCUUCUUGAAUUCUCUGCAAAUGUACCUCAGGAAACAGAUGGCAGGAAUAAUGAUAGGUAUAAACAUUCUGUUUCGGAUAACAAAGCGCUGAUGGUAGUUACUGAGGAACCAAUCAUAUAUAUUUCUCCCCCACCUUGCCAGCCAUUGAUCAACCGCACAGAGACACUCAGAUUGAGUCAUGAGCUGCGAGGCUGGGUUCAUAGACAUGAAGCAGAAAGGUCGAGAUCAAGGAGGCUGUCAAAUAAUCAGCAACAGAAAGCUCAAGCUGUUCAAGACUCGUCAGAAAAAAAUGCAAAUUCUGGACUGAUGGCCAUUCCUUACACAGACACUAGCACUGGCAAGAACGCAGGAAAUGAGCUACAAGUUUAUUAUGCUUCCCCGAGGAAUUACCAAGACUUCUUCGAAGCAAUUCACAGAAGGGGAGAUACAUUCUAUGUAGUAUCAUUUCGUAGGGAUCACCUAUUGUUGCCAGCCACCACUCACAAUAAGACUAGGCGACCAAAGAUGUCAAUAGUGUUGCCAGCCAUUAACAUCAGUGAGAAAAUAAUUAAUGGCCAAGACUACGAAGUGAUGAUGCAGAUAGACUGUGAAGUGAUGGACACCAGGAUCUUGCACAUCAAAAGCUCCUCCAUCCCUCCCUACCUUCGUGAGCAGCAGAGAAACCAAACAACCUCAUUCUACAGCUCUCCUCCAGCUGUCCCAGAGGCAGCCCCUGCCCUGAGGGCCAUUGUAGAGUCGCCACAGUAGGCUUCCCAAGUCAGAUCUAUGCUCCGUAAUGACACUUUGUCCCUGCUGACCCCUCGGGGUUAGCUACAGCAGCCUCCUGGGGAUCUUCCCCCCUCAGACAAGGGCUGCUCCCUGUCAGUCUGAGGUUCCUGGGUCUACCCCAUUGAUGGAGGAAGACUCUACCUUGAAGUCCUAGCCCCAAGAUCACGCCUAACCCAAUCCCUUCAAGCUGUCUUCUACCCUAAUCACCAUGGUUUUAUUUUAAUAAUUCUGUUCACUGUGCUUUAAAACUCAAGUGAGGUGGGCCUUUAUUUCACUCUACAAAUGGGGAAAGGAGACAGAGAGAAUGAGCUGCUCUCGGCUGUUGUGGUGUGUUCAUAGCAGAUUCAGAAUUGGACGUUUCUCAAAGCACUCUCUGCUGGACCAGCUGCUUUCAUUGCCCACUUUAUUUAAUUUAACCCUGCAACAACUGGUGUGUUAUAAUAGGCCUUCCCAAGCAGUUACUCAAUUGUGCAACAGAUGCCCAUUUGUUGUUUCACAUUUGUUGCAUAAGAUCCGGACAUUUGGGAGAUGCCACCUUUACCCAUCACUCAAAUUUGCAGUGUGGUGUUGCUGGGAAGCCUCAGUUCUUUCCCCAGUUGGUGGGCCAUUGGAGUCUGGAGUUCUGCCUAGAAUCUGGAUAGAUACAUAUCGUGGGCACCUGCUGGCUGGGGCCAGUGAAAUGAUUGAUGAGGAGCCCUGGCUUGACCAUAACACCAGCUUGUUAAGAGGGAGCUGAAACUGACUGUUUCCUAAGUAUUUUGAAGAAGCCUCUAGUUGGAUACAUGCAGGUGCGCUCUCUCUCUCUCUCUCUCUCUCUCUCUCUCUCUCACACACACACACACACACACACACACACACACACACACACACACACACACACACGUCAUCAGACUUUAUGCUAGACUUUAUCUUGUGGCAGCAGCUAUACGCAUUCCUGACCUGAAAGGAUGAAGGGCUUCUCCAGAGAUGUCCAGAGAAUAGUCAGUUUCAGCUCUCCUGUGAGUCUUCUCUUAGCCUUCUGAGUGCUCCCUCUUUCAUCACCAGGUUGGGUUUUUUGGGGGGGUGGGAGGCUUUAUAAAAGCACUCCUCUGCCCCAGAUCUGUUACCUGCGGAACUGGGUAUGUGUUCCUGUUUCUGAAUUGGAACAUGCAAGACUAUGCUACAAAGACUAAAAUGUAUUAAGAGCACACUUUGAACUGACCAGGUCAGUGAGCCCAUAGGGUAGGUAUGUAAUGGCUUAAUUUGCCUAACCAUUGUGAAAGUAGCUCAUGGGCUUUUACCCAGCUGGAGAAUAGUUAGACAGCUAAGAUCGAUCAAGGGAGUGCUCUUUCAGGGAAGUGGAAAGGCUACUAGAGCCAGAGGCUGUUAAAUGUCCAGAAUGUUGGAUCAAAGAGGACAGGUCCUGUAUGUUUCCCCAUCCCCUCCCACUUGGGGCAGCACUGGUGUUUUUGAGGUUGCUGGUCAAGGGAGGAGAAUAAAGGAUGGAUAGUUCUUUGAAGAGUAACACCAGUACAUCAUCACAGGCUGAGAUUCAGCCUUGCCAAGAGGCAGUUGUUUGCUGUGCAUAUGUGGAAGUUGGAAAGUACAUGGCCCAGAAUGAGGAGCCCUGAAUGUAGAAGGCUGCUUUCACACAGGGGAAGCGCAACUUCUAGUCAGGUGGAGAGAGAAGAAGCCUCAAGCAAAGCUGGGUGUGCCUCUGAGCUGAGAAGGACGUGGUCCCGUUGCCAGGCACGCAGAACCGGCAAUUGUUCUUUCCCUUUGUUUGUGUUCUGUCGGCUGCAAUCCUAUACAUACUCAGUUGGGCUUACUUUGGGGUAGACAUGCCUAAGACUAAGUAUGUAAUAGAUGUGUAUUCUCCUUGCUUACCCUCCCCUUCCUGUUGCCUAUCUUGUGUCAAAUUUCACAUUGUAAGCGCCUCAGGGCUAGACCUGUCCUAGGCCAUAUUCAGGCAUUGCACAAAACUGGAGUUACAGGUUCCGCUCUCUCCCGCUGCCCUUACCUGUCAGAAUUAAGACAUAAGAGCUGGCCGCCUCUCUGCAGGCUGAGAAACAGCAGAGAGGAGGGUUUGCUGGCUGCCAGGCUUCCUCCUCUGAUUGAUGGACAGCCAUGGCAGCCAAUCAGGACAGAGAGAGGGGAGCUUUCUUCCCUCAACUCUGGUUCCAAGGAAGGCUGCAUCCAGUUCUACAUUCAGACAUAACUGUGGUAGCCACAAACCAGAGGCCUGAGCAGUGAACCUCACUUCAAAUUGAGGGUUCAAAUUAGAGUUUGGUAACUCAGUUUGCGUUUGGGUCCAAACUGCGAUUUCAUGCAUUCAGACACACAGUUAUACGAACCCCAGCCAUGCGUAACUCUGGUUUCAUGUGAUGUCUGAAUGUGGCCAUAGUCUUAGCCUGUACAGCACUAUGAACUUUGAUGGCACUGUAUGUACAAAUAUAAGAAAUAUAAAUGUCUGAAUUAGCUCUAAGUUGGCCAUAAUGCUGGGAGAAAGCUCUGGUUGAUCAGUCUUUCUGUAGUAGGUUGAAUUUGCCCACUACAAAAUUAAUGCAUAUAAUAAUUUGAAGCCCAUUUUACAUGGCUCUAAUUCUUCCACAGCACCUCUAUGUCUUCUGUCUUUAAGAGAAAGAGUUUUCUGUUUGGGAUGAUAGAGCAAUCCUGUUAUUCCCACCCCCCCCAGCUCCUAGAGGGACUUGAGUAAUGUUUCAUAAACAUUCUUUUAUUAGGGAAUACAUUGUUCCCUGGGAUGCUGAGGUUCUUUUGUGCCAUGAUGUGGAGACAGCGUAUUAUCCCAUCAUUAGCUCUUUCCUGUAGACAGCCAUGUUGUGUGCAAUUUGAUAUUGGUGGAAAUAAACAAAGAAUCUUUUGGAAGGGUGCAUUUGGGGAAAUAAGCAACUCUCUUUAAAAAGUUCAGGCACAAUCCAGUGGAAGUUCACCAUUCUUGAUCUCUUGUCUAGUUGAGGAAAGGACCCAAGACAGGAAGAAAAGAUAGGAAAGGACCCAUUCCCUUUUUUCAGCUUUAUUAAGUCCAAGGGCACAGUGAACUGCCAUUUCAGGUACAGUCUUGUGCAUGUGAUUGCAGCCAUGCUGUGUUCUCUAUCCCCAAACAAGUCCAUCAGUAGGCAGCUGCUGUCUUAAAACACAGAGCACUCCCAAACCUGCUUGUGGAAAGUGCUGAAUUUUCACUCGCUUGAUAGGCACAUGUGUCCUAAUCAUGCACAAUACUAGGAUUCUUAUGGAUGCCUGCUGUUUCCUGCUGGCAAGAAUUUUACCUCAAAGGAAAAAAUCCAAUGAUAGAAAUACUGUGGAAUUUUUUUAUGGGGGUGAGUGGGAACCUGGAGAUAGCUGUUCAAAGCAAUACAUGAACCAUAAGAAUAUUGCCUUUGGUUUUCUUGGAGUUCUCUCGGAUUUACUAGGAAUCUGGACUGCCAUGAUGUAUUGCCUUCCAGAGAUGAGGAAAGGGCUGUGCAGGUCCACAGAAAAGCCUUCAGCGCCCUUGUGCUGAACUUGCUUCUUGUGCAGGAGACAGGGCAUGAAGGGAGAGGGGGAGGGAUUUUCACAUCUCUCUCCUCCCUCCAAAAAUCUUUUCCACUUGUAUAAAUAUUCCUGAAGGUUGUACAGCUUUCAGGAUCAUAUUUAUGCAAGUGAAAUGGUCUGUUGGAGGGAGGUGAGAUGUGAAAAUUGCUCCUCCUGCCCUGUCCACUGCACAAGCCGGGGCGCUGAAGAGUCUUUGUGGACCUGCACACCCUGCUUCCGUCUCUGGAAAGCAAUACAUCAUGCCAGCCCCCAUCUUUAUUUAAAAAGCCCUUUUCUCCUCUUGAGGGGAAAACUGUGAAUGCCACUGAUUCCAGAGGUCCUCCUGCUGGCCUUGGCACAUCUGCAACACUGCCUGUACAGAAUUAGCCAGUUGCCUUUGGCUUAGUACACAGCCAGGACUGCUUUUUCUCUGCUGUGCUGAAAACACACAACUCUCACAGAACACUUUAUUAAAAACAAACAGAAAACCUCCUUUUUGGAACUGAAUGGACAGCAUUUUCUGUAAAGCUGAUCUUGCCAAGUCCAUAGAGUAGAGUUACCUUUUUUCUUUUUUGCUUUUUUGGACAUUUCCUCUGCAGGCAGAAGAGCAAAUGUGACAUCUCCCAAACAAUGGUAAAAUGGCAUCUUGCUUUGUUUUGUAACAUGUUAUAAUUCUAGAACAACAGGGAAAUGAUAUAUUUAUUUCUUUGCAAAGUUUGAACGAACAAAAUGAUUUUUGCUGGGUGGUUUGUUUGUUUGUUUUUAAUUUAAAUGCACUAUGUGUGUUUUGUACCUGGGACAAUUUGUCUUCUUCAGAUACAGGUUGGGAUUGAAGACAUUUUACAGCCAGGAUGUCAGAAUUAGGGGCAAAACUUCUGUAUCUGUCCAUUCUUCAUCAGUCCUUCUCAAUAAUAAAUUUUUUAGAAACGUA